CCAUUUAUCUGCUCACAAUCUGCGUAAAUUUAUCACGCUCGUGAAGAAACACGUUUGCUGCACCAGCAGUAAUUGCAGUACAUUGAGUGCACUCGCUUUUAAGCAGCAGUUUGAGCAACGCGGAAUGAAAAGUACCACCUUCUACGAUCACGAAACACGUAAAGAGCACCACAUCUCGGACAAGAUGGCGGCGGAUGACGAGCUCAAUAAUGAGGUGCUGAAUUUGCUCGAGGCGCCCUACAAGAAGGAGGAUGAUGCAUCGCCCGUGGAAAAUGGUUCAAGCAAUGGAGAGAAGAAGCACAAGGAAAAUGGCCAUAGCAAGUCGUCCCGCCAUCGUAGCCGAUCGCGCGAUCGUGAUAGAGAGCGCGAGCGGGACCGUGACCGCGAACGUGAAGUAGAAGCACGUUCCAAAAAGCAUCGUUCAGGUUCACCUGGUCGCAGCCGCGACAAGGAGCGUCGUCGCAGCAAGGAACGAAGCAGCAAAUCUCGUUCGCCCGCCCGCCGCGAACGUUCGAAAGAUCGGUCAAAGGAAAAGGACCGCAGCGGAAAGAGCGAUCAUCAUCGCCGCGAGGUAGUAGUGGAAAAGCGUCGUUCGCGUGACCGUGGUGAUCAUCGGCGUCGUUCUCGCGAGCGGGACUACCGACGGCGCAGUCGUUCGCGGGACGGUAUCCGUGGCCGGGGACGUCGUUCCAUGUCCCCGAAACCGUACCGUGGACGUGGACGAGGUGGAUCAAGCGGAUACUAUCGCGAUCGUUCCCCGCUGGAAGAGAUGAGCCAGGAAGAUCGUGAUGCACGUACCGUGUUCUGCAUGCAGCUGUCCCAGCGUAUACAUGCGCGUGAUUUGGAAGAAUUCUUCUCGAGCGUGGGCAAGGUGCGAGACGUACGAUUGAUCACGUGCAACAAAACGAAACGAUUCAAGGGUAUCGCGUAUAUCGAGUUCAAGGAUCCGGAAUCGGUCGCACUGGCACUGGGGCUUUCCGGACAGAAGCUGCUUGGCAUACCGAUCAGUGUGCAGCACACGCAGGCGGAAAAGAAUCGCAUGGCUAGCCAACCGCCAGCCGCACCGCCUAAGAACCCAUCCGGGCCGAUGCGACUGUACGUUGGUUCGCUACAUUUCAACAUUACGGAAGAUAUGCUUAAUGGCAUUUUUGAACCGUUCGGCAAAAUUGAUAACAUUCAGCUGAUCAUGGAUGCAGACACCGGACGAUCGAAGGGCUAUGGAUUUAUCACAUUCCAUAAUGCCGAUGACGCCAAGAAAGCGCUGGAACAGCUGAACGGAUUCGAGCUAGCCGGCCGUCCGAUGAAGGUUGGAAACGUGACCGAGCGACUGGACGUGACGACACACGCCUCACUCGACACCGAUGAAAUGGACCGCAGUGGCAUUGAGCUUGGCGCCACGGGACGAUUGCAGCUGAUGUUUAAGCUGGCGGAAGGUGCCGGACUAGCCGUACCGCGUGCUGCAGCCGAUGCACUGCUGGCAACCGCACCACAGCCCGUACCGCAACAACCGAUCCAUCAGUCACCGCCGAUCGCUACCCAGUGCUUCCUGCUGUCCAACAUGUUCGAUCCGGCAACGGAAACCAACCCGAACUGGGAUCUGGAGAUACAGGACGAUGUGAUAGAGGAGUGCAACAAGCACGGUGGCGUUCAGCACGUGUACGUCGACAAGCAAUCGCCCUCGGGCAACGUGUACGUCAAAUGUCCCAGCAUUGCGACAGCCGUGCUGGCAGUAAACGCACUACACGGACGAUGGUUUGCGGGACGCGUUAUCGGUGCUGCGUACGUUCCGCUGGCUAACUAUUACAACCUGUUCCCGGAUGCGUCACAGGCCGUUACGCUGCUACAGCCUAAACGGUCGGGUUGA